GACUGGAACCGGAAGUGGUGGUCUGCUGAUGAUUGGAGAAUGUCGGUGGGUGUUUCAGUGUUUUCCUUGCCGUCAUUGGGUUUCCUCUCCGCCGCUCAGACCUGCUGCUGCCUCGGCUCCAGACACUUCCUGCUCCGACUCAGUUUUCGCAGUCCUGGAGAGGGGGACAGGAUGAGGAGCAGAGAUGUUUGGGAGGGAACGUGACUCCAGGGGCUUUACUUAAGGACAUUAAGAUGGCAUGAACUAAGGACUUACCUGGAACUGAUUCCUUUGUGCAUUUGCUUUGUUCCUCUUUUUUUUUUUUUUUUUUUUUGCUUAUUCCCUGUGUUUGUUUUUUGUCAGAUGUCAUUCGGAGGAGUGUUUUCUACGACGACUCUUUAAUUUAUCACACUACCGUCCUGAAAGCGUGAUUUUUGUCACUCCUCCUGCUUGUGUCGUAUAUAAUCUCUGAGAUUUCAGAUAGCAAUAGAAGUUUCAAAGGUCUCAGAAAAGCUGCACUAAUCAGAAAAGCUGCACUCAUCAUAUCUACGGGGCAUUCGUCACGCUGCAGGCUGCACUCGACAUGCAACAUACUUUAAGGAAUCGCUGCACAUUAGUUUAAUGACCUCCUUUCACAGAAAAGGUGUGUUUUGCUUCUUGUCUUAUUGAUACUUUAUUGAUGUAUGAGUUUCUUCUUUUUAGAGGUUCAGUUUUGUACCUUGGUGUGAUUAUUUAAAGAUUACUGAUUAAUUAGCUGCUCUGCUGCCUUGUUUUGCUAAGACCAAAGGCAGCUUCAAACUGAAAUGUAAACUUUUUUGUACUUAUGCAAUUUCUGACUGAGUUUCCCGUUCACGUGUUGAAGUUUUGCUUGUCCAGUUUUUAAUUGGCAGGAAACUGUUGAAGCUGACAUCUUUGAUUAGAUUUCAUUGCUUUUUCCCCCUCAUCUUCACUGGAUUAUUUCUUUUGAAAAAUUACUCUUUAUACUGGAAGAAGUUUGCUUUUUAAAUGAAGACCCAGUCAGAAGAUUUUGUUGUUUUUUGUUGUUGCCUGCAUGAAGAAUAAUUUUGAAGUGAUUUCAGGGAUGAAGUUCUUUUCCGACACAUUUUAAUUUUUCUUGCACAUCUUGAAGAACUGACAGCUCUUUGAGCUUCUGGAUCCAGAAGCUCGUACUGUUUGCUUCGUCAGACUGGCAGACGUCGUCCGAUCCAAAAGUGAGGAUGCGCUCCCCAGAUUCCUCCUCGCCUUCUCCAGAAGAAGCCCUCCUUCACGGACAGUUUGCCAGCUGGGAAUCUGACAGUAGCUGCAGCAGCAGCUGCAGCUGCCCGGAGAGCCCUGGAAGCUCAGGAGGGCUUUCCCCCACCACCUCACCACCUCUGAGUCCGACGUCCAACUAUGCCUUGACCCUCACCCACACCCACAUUCACAUCCAGCGUCUCUCAUCGCGGCCUGGGAAGGAAGCCCGUCUCCUGCUGCCUCUGUCUGAGCUGGUGGGGUGCAGCUGUCCUCGCUCUCCUGCGCCGCCGCUGCUCGUGCUGUACUGGUAUCCGCCAGGGAAGCGGAGGAAGGGGGUGUCCAGGCGCAGGCAGGUGAAGGCGUACCUGGCAGAAAGCCGGCCUGAAGCUGAGAGGUGGUCGGCCGCUAUUCAGUGUUUGCUCAGAGAAGUGCCCGUUACAGCUAACACAGAGUUUUCCAGAAGUCUGCUACCUCGUCCCAGGCGACUACUGUUAUUGGUCAAUCCGUUCAGCGGAAGAGGCCAGGCGAUGCAGUGGUGUCAGGCCCACAUCCUGCCAAUGAUUAGGGAGGCCAACAUCAGCUACAACCUCAUACAGACGGAGCGAAGGAACCACGCGAGAGAGCUCAUCAGAGAGAUAUCGCUGCCAGAGUGGGACGGCAUCAUCAUUGUUUCUGGAGACGGCCUGAUGCAUGAGGUGAUCAAUGGACUGAUGGAGCGUCCAGACUGGGAACAAGCAAUAAAGACACCUCUUGGCAUUCUGCCCUGCGGCUCUGGGAAUGCACUGGCUGGCUCCAUCAACCACUACGCAGGGUAUGACAUGUGCCUUCGAGAGCCGCUCCUUUUAAACUGCUGCUUCUUGCUCUGUCGAGGCGGCAUCCGACCCCUGGACCUGGUCUCUAUAACAACAAGCCCUUCGCCCUCCAAAAACAGCCGUACUGCAGCACCCAGGAGACUGUUUUCCUUCCUUUCUGUCGCCUGGGGCUUUGUGUCUGAUGUCGACAUCGAAAGCGAAAGGUAUCGUGGUUUGGGCUCAGCUCGCUUCACUUUGGGCACUUUGGUGCGCAUAGCUUCUCUUCGAUCGUACAAGGGCCGUCUGUCCUACAUGCCUCCCUCUGUAGUUGCCACGACUUCAAAUGGGACACCUCCACCCAGGAGACCCCUCUCCCGCAGCAUUACUGAAGGCCUGGAUGGAUUCUCCAAAACACCCAUCCAUCGCACUUGCUCCGACAUGGGCAUCAGUGAGCAGAGGAGCCUCCUGCGCAGAGGUGAGAUGGAAAGAGAGGAGAGGCAGAGAGAGAGGACAAGGAGACGACAGAGGGGUAGAGGUAAAGGAACUGGUGUGGUGAGAGCGAGCAGUCUGGCAGAAGACAGAGAGAAGGAGGGGCAGAUGGAGAUGGAAGCUGAAGAGAAGUCCGGAAACUGUUCGGAGAAGUCCGGAGCGAGUUCUGCGUCAAAUGAACGAGAUGAAUCCAAUAUGGGAAGAGAUGAAAGGCUGGCAGGGAUAAGGGACGAAAGGGAAGACGAGGAAACAUCAGAGCCAGACUCCUGUGAAAUGUUGGAGGAUGACGAUGACAGGGACGAGGAAGGCAGUGGCGGUUCCCUGGAGGCGGACGGACUGUUGCGAGCCAGGGAGUUGGGAGAGAGCUACGGGGUGGACAUGGGAAGAGAGGCACAGGAAGAGCCUGGAGAUGACCUCUCUAGCCAGGACAGUCUUCAGAGCACCAGAGAGUUGGUGAGGAAGAACUCGGCUCCUUCGAGCCAGAUAGCCGACUCUCUGCUGAGCCAGCCUCUCAGUCAAGAAUCCAGCACAGAUUCUGGGAUUUCUUAUGGCAUGGAGGACAUGGAUCUGAACGACACAUUAUUCCAAAAACAGUCUUACUCUCUGGAUGUGGCUCGGGAGCGAUCUCUCACCAUCUCUUCCCCUUUCCGUCACAAUCCCUUCUCCUACAAGCAGAAAGUUCUGGACCAAAACCAAAACACGUCCCGUCCAAGGCCCCACUCACUCCUCCAGCACUCUAGCUCCAACUCCCUCCCUCCUAAAAUGACUCCCCCCUCCUUUUCUCCCACACCGCCGUCUUCCCCUUCCACUUCCUCCCCACACUCAUCAUCCUACCUCGCCCCCCGUCCUAACACCCCUAACUCCACCUUGAACUCUCCCUCGUUCCAAAUGCCGUCCUCGUCUUUUAACUUUGACCUUAACGAACCAGCAGGACUCCUAAGGAACCGUCCGUUUGUCUCGCUGCCUUUCGAUGUGCCAAGGGACGACUUGUUACCGCCACUCGAUCAGCCGCUCCCCACCAGAGAUUGGGUCACCAUUGAAGGGGACUUUGUCUUGGUCUUGGCCCUUUACCAGAGCCACCUUGGGGCUGACCUCCAUGCUGCACCUCAGGCCAGGUUUGACGACGGCCUGAUCCACCUGACCUUUGUCCGUGCCGGCAUCUCCAGAGCCACGCUACUCAGACUGUUCUUUGCCAUGGAAAAAGGAAACCACCACUCAGUCAACUCGCCGUACGUGAGCCAUGUUUCCUGCAAGGCCUUCAGGCUGCAGCCGCUGUCUCCGCGGGGAACCCUCACUGUGGAUGGUGAACUUGUGCCCUACGGGCCACUACAAGCGCAGGUUCAUCCUUCCAUGGCCCGCCUCAUUGUUGGAGACACUGGAGUAAAGAUUACCAGACUUUAAUAAGGGAUUAUGGAUCUUAUAUUCAUAUAUACAUACAUACGUACAUAUAUUGACAUAUCAAUACUCUAAUGAAUUAUCUCUGUCGCCCUUAAGCUCUCAGAGGGAGAAAGAUAAAGUGGAGUGUUUGAGACACUAGCUUUGUUUGCAGGAAACACUUUCGUAGGGAUUUAAAGGGAUAACACACCGAGCCAAGCGUCAUUGCAGAAUGACUGCAGGGAUUAAUACUAAAUUUCAAGAAUUGUUUCUAAAAAUGCGCUUAGUUGCACAAGUGUUGUAUGAUGUAUAGUAAGAAGGGGAACCACACAGUCUUGGAUAAGAAGAGGGAAUACCAAUACCAAUUGAAUGUUUUGUGGAUUUUUUCGAGCAGACAGUGCAUGUACAUGUUGGUAUGCAUGCAGAGAAGCACUAACUGAAUUUUGCCUUAGUCUGAGAAAUACGAUUAAUACCCAAGACAAAGAUAUUCUGGGGCUUUUUAAAUACACGGAAAUUAUCCACAAUCCCUUACCUGGACUCUUUCUUCCACCAGUGUUAAACUUUUAAAGGACAAAAACUUGUGUCCUUUAAAUUAAUGCCUUAUCUACCUUUUGCUCAUUCUGUUAUGUACUAAGCCUGAAACUUGUUAGAAGGAGAGUUUGGGGUGUUUUUGAAGGUGAGGUUUUGCUAGAAACGGUAUAAACGGCUAAUUUCCUACCUGCAGUAGACAAUUUGCUUAAUGUUUUUAAUUUACAUCAAAUUUAGAUGGUCUAUAAGGCUAAAGCUAAUAGCUAGUCCAAUCAGAGUCUGUUUCAGAAUGCUCUUCUAUUUAAUUCAAAAAGCUCAAAUCAGAAAAUUAAGGUUUUUUUACCUUUAAACUGUCGUCACCUUUGUUUUAGAUUGUUAUAUAUACAGAAAUUCAUAAUUAUUCACACAGGAAAUUGAGGUUGGAGGUGGUGCGCUAGUAAUUUAUUCCUACUCCCCAAACAUUUACAGCAUUUCUGAUCAGAGAAACUUUGUGAAAUCAAAGGAAAAUGGUUUAAAAAAUAUUAUAGGGGUUUAAUUGAACACAAUUUAUGGAUUUGUACACCAUUCAAAUGUUAUCAGGCAGUUAUAUUUACUGGAAACGCUUCUACAUGUUUCAUGCAGGAAGAUUAUUGAAGAUUAUUCCUGACUCAAAUUAUAUUUGUAAUUCUAGUUCUUUGUGCAAAUAAUUUACAAGUUCAAGCAUGACAACAGUUUAAAGGUUCAUGAAACGGCACAUACAACACUGUGGCAUUUAGCAAUCAGAGAUUUUAAGACAGUAGAAGUUCACAAGGCUACUCGUUAGUCUCAGCCUCCAGGCCUAACUAAACUGGAUUUGUACAAAACGCAGAUACCAGUUACCUACUGCAGAUAAGAUAUUGACUGCUUACAUAACCUCAUCUCAAAUCCCUUUAACCUCUGUUCAACUGAAAUAUUACAUCAGAUGCAUAAAUUUAACACUAGUUAUACAUUUCCUUAGCUCCAGCUGCCUACUGUGAUUCUCCAGAGUAACGUGACUGUACAUCAAAUCCUCUUGCUACAAGUAAAUCAGUUUAAAGCAACAUCAACAAAAAAAACCCUGAUAAUUUCUGGAUUGAAUGUUAAUCGUCGCUGACAUUUGCAUUCUGCCUGCUUGUUUUUAGCCAGUGGAUGCACGCUGCUGAUGAUGUCAGUGAUGUUGGUUGUUGAAACAUGUUGAACAUAGCAAUGCCUGAAUAAAACUAGCUGAUUUCUCACCGCUUCCAGACACUUUGAUAUAAAAACAAUCACUGCCUUAGGCCUCAGCAGUCUGAGAAGAAAUAGUUGAAAAUGUAGUUAGAUGGGAUUCCUCGGUUAUCUUGGAUAUGCUGCACAAAAACUGGAAUUUAAGCAGCACAGAUCAGUAGGACGCAAAGUAACUAUUUAAUGAAUACUAACUGCCUAGUACAGAGAUUGCGGACUGAAUCGCAUUGCUUUAAUGAAUUGUUGGAGUUUAAACACUCAUAAGGUAAUGAAAGGUACAACUGACUGUUUAAAAAGCCUUUUAUAAGAGCCAGAGGAGACGACACUAAACUAAAUCAAGGCUAUAUUGGUGGAUCAAAUGAUUUAGCAUGAGAUGAGAUAAAAAAUACCAGCUUAAAGUUGAAGUAAACCAGCUGCAGAAACAGACUGUUAGAUUACUGUCUGUUACUUUUCCAUCUGAAACUUUCUGAUAGUUAUUUGAGCUGAUAAAGUGAAAGUGAGUUUUUCUGAGCCUGAAUUGUCUUACAGAGGUUAAUUUUCUUACUGUAGAGCCUGCUGACUCGGUCUGAGCUGAAGAUGAAUCAUUAGCAUGUGCAAUAUAUCAAUCAGUUAGAAGAUGUGCCAACUGCUUGGAUCACCAUCAGCAUACUGUACUUUUUUAAUCAAUGCCUUUGUAUAAUAAGCCUGUAAAUUACAACUGUUGAGGAUUUGCUCAACAGGUUUAUCUUUCUGUCUUAGCCUUUUUUCCCCCUUUCAAAUGCACAAUUGAAGUAGUCCACCACGGUUUUUACACUGCUUUCACAGCUACAGAAUGUGAGUACUACAUUUUGAGUCUAAGCUUGUACUUUGACUAAAUAGGAACUGAUACACACAGUGUGAACAGAAAUAUGCCAAAAUGUUUACUAAUGUUGCAGAGCCUAGUUUUGAUAGUUUACUUUCUUUGAGCAGCAGCUUUGUCUGUGGCCAUAGCUGGGACCAUGGCGUCUUCUAGACCAAUCUGAUGGGACAGUCCUGGACUGCAACUUCUGAGUGGAUAAAUGCCAUUAAAUCGUCUUUAGUGGGCUGCUUGUAAUGAAAUGGUAAUAUUACUAAAUCAGUGGAAAUGUAUACAUAUACAGUGUACAGGUAAUGGUUAUAAAUUGUUUCAAAAAUAAAUGUAACUUCAUAAA